AUGCCCUCCCUUUGGAACAUCCAAGCCAACCAGCUUGCUUCUCUCAACUUCCUCUAUGUCACUGGUCGAGCGGAAGGUCAUAUUGGACUAGUUGCCCAGAAGAUCAUGUUCCUUCAAGACCGAUUGCCGACCACUUACCUUACGGGAUACAUACUCGUACGGGAUGGUCUCCCCAUUCGAAAACGCCCCAGUACAUCUGACCAACGUAAUCCAUACAGCCCAUCUGUACCCCAUUUCGCUGAAGGGUCGGCACCCAUUCUCCGGUUCAAUGAAGAUCACCGACAACAGCUACCAUCAAAUGUAUUGUCCUCCGCAGCUCGAUCGUCACUACCUUUCCCCUGGAAUCCUCCCGCGGACCAGAGUCAUCACCUGCCAAGCUAUUAUCCCCGUCUUUUCCGGGUUGAUAGGUCGUUAGGAUUAUGCACAUCCUUCAACGACUGUAUUCGUACAUGGACGGUCUCCACGGAGGUGCUCGUCACACUCAUGCGGAAGGUCGCAGAGUGCCACCGAGCGGUUGGCGGUGUUCGCUGGUGGGAUGAUAUGAGGCCGUCUUUAACUAUGCCGGGAUUCUAUUGUUACUGA